GCCAGGCCCGGAGGGUAAGAGGGAAGCGAUAAGCGGUCUGGGAACAGCAGGCUCCGAAUUAUCCGUCGGGGAACGGCUUCACCGGCCUGGAGAAUCUCCUACCUGCUCCGUGUUGCUCCGCCUGGUCCUAACGCCGCCUCCUCACAGGAUAUUGCGUGGCCGCGCCCGCUCUAUGGGCUGGGCUAGUGUGCGGCUAUCACACGGCUAGGAGGCCUGGUACCCGGGCGAUCGCCGCGGACUCCUGACAGCUGUCACAUCGGGAACCUGUUGCGGAUGUGUUUUUGUGCCGCUUUGCCCGCCUUUUAGGCCUUUCCUUGGAUCUCCACAAAGAGAGGGGCGUCUGAGUGUUUUCUUUACCCCCUUCAGCGGGCGAUAUGAGGCCAGCUGCCCCCUGCUGACACAGACCGUCUGCAAUCACAGCAUCCAGACGCCCCGGAGGCUCCGAGCGUAGGCUCUGUGAGGCUGCUUGGCCUCCCGCCGGUCACAGCCAUGUCCUUCUUUAAUUUCCGUAAGAUCUUCAAGCUCGGCGGGGAGAAGAAGAAGAAGCAGUACGAGCAUGUGAAGAGGGACCAGAACCCCGAGGAGUACUGGGAGAUCAUCGGGGAGCUGGGGGAUGGAGCCUUCGGCAAGGUGUACAAGGCUCAGAAUAAAGAAACUGGUAUUUUAGCAGCAGCAAAAGUUAUCGAUACGAAAUCAGAGGAUGAGCUGGAAGAUUACAUGGUGGAAAUUGAUAUUUUGGCCUCCUGCGAUCAUCCGCACAUCGUGAAACUGCUGGAUGCCUUUUACUAUGAGAAUAACCUGUGGAUUCUUAUUGAAUUUUGUGCCGGGGGAGCAGUGGAUGCAGUUAUGUUGGAGCUUGAGAGGCCUUUGACGGAGCCGCAGAUACGGGUGGUUUGUAAGCAGACUUUGGAGGCCAUGCUGUAUUUACAUGAAAAUAAAAUAAUUCAUCGGGAUUUGAAGGCGGGAAAUAUACUUCUCUCGCUAGAGGGCGAUGUCAAAUUGGCUGAUUUUGGAGUAUCUGCUAAGAAUACUCGGACCUUACAGAGAAGAGACUCCUUUAUCGGUACACCGUACUGGAUGGCCCCGGAAGUUGUGAUGUGCGAAACGUCAAAGGAUAGGCCGUAUGACUUCAAAGCUGACGUUUGGUCUCUUGGAGUCACGUUGAUCGAGAUGGCUCAGAUCGAACCUCCGCAUCACGAGCUCAAUCCAAUGCGAGUUCUGUUAAAGAUUGCAAAGUCUGAUCCCCCUACCUUAGCUCAGCCAUCAAAGUGGUCUCUAGAUUUCAGUGAUUUCCUAAAGAAAUGUCUGGAGAAAAAUCUUGAUGCCCGAUGGACUACAGCCCAGUUACUACAGCACCCUUUUGUGUCUACCGUGACUUCCAACAAACCCGUCCGAGAACUGAUUGCAGAGGCCAAGGCUGAGGUACUGGAGGAAGUAGAAGAUGCCAAGGAAGAGGAGGAAGAUUUUUCAGAAGACCAUUCUUUGCCUGUCCCAGACAAUAAGAGAGCUUCUUCAGACCUCAGCAUUGCAAGCUUGGAAGACGACAAACUUUCCCAGAAUGCUUCAAGUCUAGAACCGGUCUCAGAAAACGCAGCGCCCGCUGAAGUUGAGAGUAAAGUGUCCGAUCAAGAUAUAAAAUCUAAACCUGAUCAAGAUAUAAAAUCUAAACCAAAUCAAGAUGUACAACCUGAACCGACAAAGGAGGUCGAGAGCGCUGAAGACCUCUCCAAGAAACCGAUCAGUCAAGAGGUCUCAGAGAAUGGAAUACCAGAUGUUCCCACCGUACCAGCAAAUGAAGCUACCGUAAAAAUAAGUGAAGGGGAGAAUGAGUUGCCUUCUGUGGAUCCAACCAAAGAAAAUGACGUUAAACCAGCUCACGAAGAAAUACAAGCUGUUCCUAAACAAGAUAACGAGGAGAGAACCCUUUCCGAUGAAGAUAAGAAUGCAGUUCCUCCUCCUCAGGAAUCUCAUUCUCUAGUAACAGAGGAGACACAAAAUGAAGUAAAACCAGAAAGUGUAACAUCUGAGGUACCGUGUGAAGAAGAGGUUCCUGAAAUGACAAAUAACCUACCAAAAGAAGAACCUGUAGAUGAAAAGAAAGACGGUGAGGAAGCAGUCAAAGAAGAUAUUCCAAGUGGAGAGGUAACUAAUGAACUAUCGGAUUCUGUUGUUGCUAAUGAUGUCCGUGAACAACAGCCUGAGGUGUCUGAAGAGUUGCCUUCAGAGGAGAAGGUUAAAGUAGAUCCUGGUGCAAAACAUGCCUCGGCUGAAUGGGUGGCUGACAGCGGAGACACCCCUAAAAAGACUGAAGCGGAGCCAGUUGUAAGCACUACCUCUGUAGAUGAAGUUGCCCCGACAUCAGAAAAGCCGAGUGAAAACAGUGUCGCUGAUCUGGUUGCUACAUCUCAACCAACCGAACCUAAGAUCUCAGAAAACACUAUCCAAGUUCCUCAAGAUCCUGUCCAAGAGGAGAAGAAUGAGGAAGCAUCUACAGCUUCUCUGCCUGAUAAAGAGAGCGUGCAGGGCCUACCCGAAGAAAACGCUGUUCAUGCCAGCGUUCCGACUGACCCUGCCAUUGAAACAAAGCCAGAAGAACAUCCAGCGACCGUGCCCAGCAUCAGCGUGGUGACGGCUGAAAGCGAAGGAAAAAAUCACGUGCCGUCCGCUGGCUCAUCUGAAAACACCCAAACAAUCGGGGAGCAUCCAAAGGAAAGCGACUCUGACUCUGGUACCGGCUCUACGGUUGACAGCGGGAGCAUGGAUUUGAACUUGUCUAUAUCCAGUUUUCUUACCAAAAGUAAAGAGUCCGGCUCAUUAUCUGUACAGGAAAGCAAGAGACAGAAGAAAACUUUAAAGAAAACUCGCAAGUUUAUGGUUGAUGGCGUUGAAGUAAGCGUCACAACCUCGAAAAUAGUCACUGAUAAUGACUCCAAGAAUGAAGAGAUGAGAUUCCUUCGGCGGCAGGAGCUGAGGGAGCUGCGGCUUUUACAGAAGGAAGAGCAGAGAGCCCAGCAGCUUCUUAGCAACAAAUUAUUACAGCAGCGAGAGCAGAUCUUCCGACGGUUUGAACAGGAAAUGACGGGCAAGAAACGUCAUUACGAUCAGGACAUUGAAAAUCUGGAAAAGCAGCAGAAGCAAACCAUUGAGCGCCUGGAACAGGAGCACACCACGCGCCUGCGCGAUGAAGCCAAGCGAAUCAAAUCCGAACAGGAAAAGGAACUCUCUAAAUUCCAGAACGUGUUAAAAAACCGAAAGAAGGAGGUUUUAAAUGACGUGGAGAAAGCACCAAAAGAGCUGAGAAAAGAGCUCACGAAACGCAGGAAAGAAGAGCUUGCGCAAUCCCAGCACGCUCAGGAGCAGGAAUUUGUGAUGAAGCAGCAGCAGGAGCUCGAUGGAUCCCUGAAGAAGAUUAUUCACCAGCAGAAGACCGAGCUGGCCAACAUUGAGCGAGAUUGUCUGAAUCACAAGCAGCAGCUUAUGAGAGCCCGGGAAGCCGCGAUUUGGGAAUUAGAAGAAAGACACCUGCAAGAGAAGCAUCAGCUGCUGAAACAGCAACUGAAGGAUCAGUAUUUUAUGCAGCGGCACCAGUUACUGAAGAGACACGAGAAGGAGAUGGAACAGAUGCAGAGGUAUAACCAGCGGCUCAUCGAAGAGUUGAAGAAUAAGCAGGCUCAAGAAAGGGGCCGGCUGCCGAAAAUUCAACGCAGCGACGCCAAGACCCGCAUGGCCAUGUUCAAAAAAAGUCUACGGAUUAAUUCAGUCGGAUCGCCCGAACAAGACAGAGAGAAAAUUAAACAGUUUGCCGUUCAAGAAGAAAAAAGACAGAAGAACGAAAGAUUGGCUCAGCAUCAAAAGCACGAGAACCAAAUGCGAGAUUUGCAGCUACAAUGCGAUGCCAACGUCCGGGAGCUUCAGCAGUUACAGAAUGAGAAAUGCCAUCUGUUGAUAGAACACGAAACGCAGAAGCUGAAAGAGUUGGACGAAGAACACGUUCUGGAGCUCAAGGAGUGGAGAGAGAAGCUAAGACCCAGGAAAAAGGCCCUCGAAGAGGAGUUUACACGGAAACUGCAGGAGCAGGAAAUAUUUUUUAAAAUGAGCGGCGACUCUGAAUGCCUUAACCCCACCACGCACAGCCGCAUCUCCAAGUUCUACCCCAUCCCGAGCUUCGGUUCAUCUGGAACAUAACGACACUAUGCCUGGAGGUCUCUUCUGUAGCACUACAGCUCCAGAACACCGGCAGAGUCGUAGUUUUAUUCUCCUUUUAUACUAUUUCACCGUAGAUUAAAAAAAAAAACAAA